ACACACACACACACACACAGGAUUGUAAGUCCGGUAGCAUAGGCCCAGGCCCAGCUGCCUCCUUCCAACAGAACACAGCCAGUCACUCUGUAUGUAUGGCAACUAUUCACAGAGUUGAGCUGGUUUUCCGUUUCUGCUUGUGUGCUGGACAAUGAGGCUUUGAUCCCUGGCAGGCAUUCAACCUAGACUUUGAUCCAUGGAGAAUGCCUACAGUAUGGUUAGAAACAGAACUCACUGUAAUGUGAAAUCUGUUAUUAGUCAAAGCAAAGGCCUUAUGGUUAGUUAAUAAAAGCUUGUCUACAUCAUGAUGACGGUAUAAACAUGUUUGUUGUUGUUGUAUGCUACAAGCUCACUCCAGCUGACCCCCAUACUCCUGAUUGCUGUGUCAAUGGCUGGAUCCAAACACUCCAGUGACAUUGGCAAUCCUUUCCUCCAUUUGUGUCAUUUUGCAAGUUGCAAUAUUUCAUCAAGAUAACAAAAGGGUGAGGAACUUUCCAGGCAGAGAGAUAGAGGAAACUGAUAAAGCACCAUUGUGUCGUAAUGCAAAAUAACAAGAGUUUUUAUUACCGGUAAUAACAAGUCUGUUUGUUACUGCUACCUUCCUGUUAUGGUUGUGCAGGACCGACAGACUGACAGACAGACUGACAGACAGACAGGCAGGCGGGCAGUCUUACAAACUGAUAGGCUGACUGACUGACUCUGAUGAACAGACAGUCAGACAGAAAUCAUGGAGCACAGCCCUCCACACUUCCUCCAGCAGAAGGGCUAAGAGAAGCUUCCAGGCAGUGCUGACUGACCGCUCUGCUCCCCCCAUGGCCAACAACAGCAGUCCAGACCAGGGCCAGAGCCAGGGUCAGGGCCCCAUAGCCAACAGCAGUCCAGGCCAGGGUCAGGGCCCCAUAGCCAACAGCAGUUCAGCCCAGCCUCUUGGCCAGGCCGGGGCUGUAGUGGCCUCCUCCACCCAGCCUGAUGUGGUCUACUGCAAGCUGUGCCUUAGUGAGCACCCCUCAGCAGCAACCAGCUCGCUGCACACCUGUGACUGUGUCUUCUGCACCCCGUGUCUGCAGCAGUAUGUUCAGCUGGCCAUCCGGGAGGGUGGGGGCAGCCCAGUCACAUGUCCAGACAUGGCUUGUCAGAGGACAGGAGUCCUACUCCACUCAGAGAUAGCCUGUUUUGCCCCUGCGGAUCAGGUUGAGCUGUACCAGCGGCUGGAGUUUGAACGAGGGGUGCAGCUGGACCCUAGUAGAGCAUGGUGCCCGGUGCUGGAGUGCCAGGCUGUCUGCAGCGUUGGGCCCAGCUCAGAGGGCCAGCCUACAUCCGUGCCCUGUCCAGCCUGCCACACCGUCUUCUGCUCUGGCUGUAGAGGGCCCUGGCAGGACGGGCACGCCUGCCCCGAUCACCAGCCUAUGACAUCAUCAUCGCCUGACUCAGAGAGCAGUGACUCUGAUCUACCCAUCAAGCAGUGCCCCAUGUGUGGUGUGUACAUCGAGAGGAACCAAGGCUGUGCCCAGAUGCUGUGUAAGAGCUGCAAACACACCUUCUGUUGGUACUGUCUGCAGAACCUGGAUGGUGAUAUAUUCCUGAGGCACUAUGAUAAGGGGCCAUGCAGAAACAAGCUGGGCCACUCCCGAGCCUCCGUCAUGUGGAACAGAACACAGGUGGUGGGCAUCCUGGUUGGCGUCAGUGUCAUCGUGCUGUUGGCCUCUCCUCUCCUCCUGCUGGCUUCACCCUGCGUCCUGUGCUGCCUGUGCAAGCCCUGCCGAGGCAAAAAGAAGAGGAGGAAGACGAAAGAGCUCACACAGACAGACAUACAGCCAGAACUCAGUCCCACCAAAUCAUAAAGAGACUGCUCCUUCUUCUCACCAUGGUCUGGGAAUGGAUCCAUUCAGUCAGUUCAGGCACUGAUUUUAAUUCAUGAAUGGAAACAUCUUCAUUGAAAAGAAUGGGGUAAUGUUCAACUCAUUCAAUUUUAAAUAAUGUAUUGAAUUGACAGAAUUGAAAACUGACUAGUACCCUGAUUCCCACCAUCUCACACACACAUACAGUACAGGACCACUGUCUACCACCCUCAUGUGCCAAACGUCACGAUGCCAAACCAGUCUUGUUACAGUAGGUGCACAAGUGCCUCCAUCCUACAGUGCCUGGUAUUUGGUGGUAUUUGUUUUGCCUUCCAUUAUAUUAUGCAAAAGUGUGUGUUGUUAAUGAAAAGAAUGACUGUAAGUAACAUAAGUAACAUAAUGACUGUAAGUAACAUCCUUAACCAAUGCAAAACAUGGUUUCAUAAUGUGCUGUGGAAACUGCAUUGUGCACUGUAUUGGGUACUGGGAGAAAAAUGUGUACAUCCCAAAUGGCACCCUAUUCCCUACAUAGUAUACAACGUUUGACCUGUCCCUGGUCAAAAGUUGUGUACUAUCAUGGGAAUAGGGUGCCAUUUUGAAAGUAACCAAUGAUAUAGGGCUUCAAAGGUGCACAUAGAAAUAUUUUCUGCUGCUGACAGAUUCCACCUGGGAUUCCAGACCAAAUUUCUGUUGGAUUCUAUAUAAUACUACUAUAAUGUAUGUAAAUAUGUAUUUAUGAAAUAGUGUAUAUGGUGUUCUGUCUCGUUUCUAAUUUUUUUCGUUGAUGUUUCUGCAUCAGAUAUUUUGUAAAAGAUCAAUUGUAAUUGAAAUAAACAACAGAUAUUGAACAUG